UCGUAAACAUCGCAUUUUGCGCCGUGCGUUUUGCGCCGUGUAAAGUGUUAAUUCGACACGCGUAUACGUGCGCGUGUGUGCGCGCGCGCGUGAUUGCGUGCGUGCGACUCGGGGAGGCUGCGUGUUUACACAAGCGUGCGCUGCCGCAGAGGCGUGUAGCGUGCCGCCUAUUAUCCGUGAGGGAGGGACAGCGCGUCGCGAGCAAAUCACUCGACUCCUCGCAUCCUCGCAGUCCGGCCAUCGCUCAAGGAGACCGGAGGAGACGUCCGUCGAUCGCGAGCGCGUUGCGCGUUGCAAACUCGCAACCGCCGAGUAUAUACCGAGUCGCGAGUGUGCGAGGUGUUUGCUCGCCAGUGGAAUGUCGACGAAACGUCACUCGGGAGAGAUAUCCAGAGAUAUUCCGUCGCGAGUAAUCGUUUGUGUUCUUUAAUUGUCCCGAUUGCGCAGCCCGAUUAAAUUCCUUCGGUAAAGUCGUCGAGUCGCGUGUCGCACUUGGACGGCGUACGACUAAGCGAUGAGAUUAAGCACUUGUAGCUUGCAAUUCGGAUAGCGCAAAGAUUCUUUAGUUGGCGAGUAUAUGUAUCCAAAGGAUACGAGGAGAAACGGAAAUAUGGACAGAGGUGCUACCUACGCGGGAGGUGAUAACCACCUACUCGAAUACUGGGAAGAAUAUCAGAAAAUGAUAGAGGAGACAAAAAUGCUGGAUGAUUAUUUGGACGAAGAGUGCAGCCCUCGUAGUUAUGAUGAAGGAGAAGCGGAAGCUGAAUGGUUACGCGCGGCAGGUUUAGGACAAUUAACGGAGGCAUGGAAAGCAGGCAGAGAGGUACAACCUGAGGAAUUGGGAGCGGCCUUGCGUCCUUUAUCGCGAGUCCAAGCAGAAGCUGUGAAACGGCGCGUGAGAUCACUUAAUCACACAGUUAAGCAACGUUUUAAUCAACGCCAACGUGUCCGCAAGCCAGACAUUAGGAAUGUCUUUAAAGAUGUAGAGGUAUCGAGCACAGGUACACGUUCGCGUAGCGCUACUCCUGAUUCUUUAGAUUCAAUUCGAGGCGCUACGCCAGAAAAUACAUCACCUCCUUCACCUCCCACUGUGAUCGAGGAUGCACACCAAAACGCUUGCGUCCCGAGUUUUGUUUCUAUAUUUCAUCGAACGUCAAAUGAAGGAAAAACAAUGGUUCGUCGAACACCAAGUGUCCCCCAAACAGCUCUCAAUUCCAUGCCAGUAACUGCCUCGACUUCUGUAUCCGUACCAGAAAUUUUCAGGAGAACUGGCAAUUGGUUAAAAGGGGAUGUCGCAAAUGAUUCUGAAGGAAUUCAGUUGACUGGCUACCAUAGAUUGGGAACAAUACACAUCACGAGACCAAUUCAGAGGCAUAAUAAUGGCGAUCUUAAUGAUGUAACGAAUUUAGAUGCCGAGUCAGUUAGAAAAUUGGCCGUGCCAAAAGAAUCGACUCUCCGACGGAGUGCAGGAAAUCACACGGCAGUAACGCGAAGUCACAGCAGUUUAUACGGCUUAACUAGACCGGCGGACGGAAAUUUAAUAGCUCGUCCAUUAAGUCGUACAUCAUCACAUGGGCAUCUUAGUUUCGAGGAGAUGUGCAAAACUAAUGAGGCCAAAUCUCAAGUGUGGUCUUCCGAUAAUCUUAUGACCGAUGACGAUUAUGCUCGGCAAGAUGUAGAAUUAUUAUCGCAACGAGAUUUUACGAGAUUGCAGCCUCUUUUAUGGCUUGAGUUAACAGCGAUUUUCGAUAAAUAUAAUAUACCACUUACGAGACGAAAACCCAAUAAACGACGGAGGAAAACUGGAAAUUUAUUUGGCGUUUCUUUAUCAACGUUGCUGCUCAGGGACAGUCAAUUAACGAGUGAAGAAAAUGACAUACCACUAGUGUUUCAAAAGAUUCUUAAUGAACUGACAAAACGCGGAGUAAAAGAAGAAGGCAUUCUACGUGUUGGAGGCCAUAAGCAGAAAGUGGAAAUAAUUUGUACGGAAUUAGAAACAGAUUUUUAUUGUAAACCAAAGGAGAUGGAUAAGUUGUUUAAACGUACUCCGUGUCACGAUUUGUCGGCCAUUUUGAAAAAGUUGUUACGAGAUUUGCCGCAACCUCUUCUUACCGUCGAGUUGAUUGAUGCUUUCUAUCAAAGUCAUGGUUUCAAGAAUCCCAACGACUUGGUAUAUUCUCUUAAUCUGCUGGUGCUGUUAUUACCUGUCGAACAUCGGUGUACUUUGGAAGCAUUGCUUAAUUUCCUUAAGCUGGUCAUCGAAAAUCAAGUGUCGAAUAAAAUGUCGAUACACAAUGUGGCAAUGAUAGUGGCACCGUCGCUCUUUCCACCCCGGUACGUCCAUCCUCGAGACCAUACCGACUUGACUGCCCAGGUCAACAUGGCUGCUAUAUGUUGCCAAGUAACAGAGGCCUUGCUUAACAACGUUGAUAAAUUAUGGUACGUCCCGACGGAACUUGUAAAUCAGUUACGGAGGCAGUCCGAGGUGGAGAGAUAUCGCAAAUACAAGAAAAAAUAUUAUUGAUUAUGAUUAGAUAACGUAGAUUGUUAUCACGUAUGCGUAAUUCUUGUUACCUUCAUAUUAAUAUGUUAUAACAUAUUAACAGAUCGAGUGUUAUAAGAAUUAUCUUGGACGACUUUUUAUGUUGCGCACGUAAUGUUUUGAAUAAUACUUACCUGCAUAUUAUGAAAUCUGCAGUGUAUUUUAUUUUUUUAAAUAAAUUCUGAGAUAUAAUUAAUGGUAUCUAAACGAUUGUUAAUUUUCGGUAGUUAUAAUUAUGACAUACUGCAUUUCACAUCGCCAUGAUUCUAAUUAGCUGUAUCAUAUUUUUUUUCAAGGUUUGUACAUGUUGUAUAAUAAUCUAUCUGAAAAUACAGUAAUUUUACAUAUAAAAA